CAUCUGGCUUUUUUCAAUAACUUAAACUUAUUGCAUACAGUCAACAUAAAAUUACUUAAUAUUAGAAAGACUUUUUAUCACAUUCCCAUUUGAAAUCACCUUUUUCCUUAUUGGGUUUGUACAUGACAUUGUAUAAAAGGUGGAAAAAAGUUCAUUCUCCCCCCGGGCCCCUCAGCUUUUAGUCCAACCCACAGCAAACAUGGACUAAUAAAAAAGCACUUUAGAUUGAGGUGGAGCUACCAGUAGGAAAAAGUCAUGGCGGCUGCUCUGUUAAGUUUGGGAACACAUUUCAAGGAAGAACUGUCCUGCAGCAUCUGCCUGGAGCUGUUCACCAGGCCCAAGAUGCUGCCCUGUCAGCACACCUUCUGUCAGGACUGUCUACAGGACCAUGCAGGGAGAGGAGGGACAUUCCAGUGCCCGAUUUGUCGCCGGCAGGUCAGGCUGCCACCCCUGGGGGUCGCAGGUUUGCCAGACAAUCUCAUGGCGGCAAAUAUGUGUGAGAGACUGAAACAACAGACUACAAUGAUGGCAGAAACAAGGGAACAACCCAAGUCUGAUAACUGGUGCUGCAGCUCUCACCCGUCCAAGCCCACAGACACCGCCGUGCCAGUAUUGGGACAUGUGACAGUCCAGUCUCUCCCAUCUGCACCAAUCCCAGCAGCGCUUUAUACUUCUCUUCAUGGUGCAGCGAGCGGCACAGGUCAUCACCAUGGUAACCAAAGGGAGCAUCAGCCUCAGAAGGUGACAUUUGGAGGAUGGGGAUCAGAAACAGGGCAGUUCAUGAAUCCACUUGGUGUUGCAGUAUCAGAUGAAGGGGAGAUCUUUGUAGCAGAUGGGAGGAACCAAAGAAUUCAAGUAUUCACCCUGCAGGGAACAUUUAUACGCCUUUUGGAAACAGUUGUGUCAGGUGAAGAGAAGAUAAGCCCAGAUGAUGUAGCCAUGGGCGGGGAGGGGAACCUGUGGGUGGUGGGGAGUACUGAUGACUCUGCUGACUUUGAGUUUGCUGUGCAAUACACCAAACAGGGCAGGGUGCUGAGUAAGUUUGACCUUCAGAAGACAAGGUGGGUGAGAGGAGUUGCUGUGGACACCAGGAGGAACCACAUCCUCAUCACACAAACUACAGGAGACUGGCACAACCGAAAGGGUGAAGUUUUGGUGUUCAGGCCAGAUGGGACACUUGUGAGAACUGUGGGUGGGAAAAGGAAGAGCCUACUUGUAUCACUCUUAUCAUCAAGGCAGCAGGGGAUGAAGUUCCCACAGUACAUCACAGUGGAUAGGCAAGGGAACAUUCUUGUGUCAGACCAGGACAAUAAUUGUGUCCAUGUUUACAGCGAGGACGGACAGUUUCUGUUCCAGUUUGGAAGUGAGGGAAGUUGUGAAGGUCAGCUGAACAAUCCCCGUGGUAUCUGUACAGACAGAGCAGGGAACAUUAUCGUGGUAGACAGGGGAAACAGUCGUGUGGAGAUGUUUGACAAGACAGGAAAAUUCCUCAAACACAUCGCUACGGACAUUAACAGGCCACUGGCUGUUGCCAUGGCAACACAGGGACAGCUGGUAAUAACUGAUUAUGGAGAUCAAAAAGUCAGCAUAUUUCAGAACAUCUGAAUCUGUUUGAGGUGAUAAAUAAAGUUGUUAUACCCAAUCUGUAGACAGUGUCAAUUUCAAACUCUGUCAUUUAGAGCUUGUUGCUUUAUUAUAUUAGCAGAGGGAAAUGUUUGCUUUACAAAGCAAAAGAGUUUAGCCUUGAAUAAAUCUCCCAAGUUCCAGCCUAAAGGCCCCUUAAAAGUUGUCACACUGGCAUGAAAUCAAACUUUGUCA